GUGGUGACCAGUGACUGGUCUUCUGUACCCCAGACCCUCGACUGAGACUUCACAGCGCUGCUGUUUCCUCAACUUGCGCGCGGGAGUGGUGCCCCGAACCCUUCCGGAAAAGACCACUGCCCACCGCCUUGAUGACAACAUCUCCAUGUCCCGUCCCGGCUCAGGCUGCCCGGCAGCCCUCGGUCCACGGCCUCUCCCAGAUAACCAGCAGCCUGUACAUCAGCAACGGCGUGGCGGCCAACAACAAACUCAUGCUGUCCAGCAACCACAUCACCACGGUCAUCAACGUGUCAGUAGAAGUGGUCAACACUUUCUAUGAGGAUAUCCAAUACGUACAGGUGCCGGUGGCUGAUGCUCCAAGCUCACGUCUCUACGACUUUUUUGACCCAAUCGCCGACCACAUCCACAGCGUGGAGAUGAAGCAGGGCCGCACGUUGCUGCACUGUGCCGCCGGGGUGAGCCGCUCCGCAGCGCUCUGCCUCGCCUACCUCAUGAAGUACCAUGCCAUGUCGCUGCUAGACGCCCACACGUGGACCAAGUCGUGCCGCCCCAUCAUCCGGCCCAAUAACGGCUUUUGGGAACAGCUCAUCCACUAUGAGUUCAAGCUGUUCAGCAAGAACACUGUACACAUGAUCAAUUCCCCAGUGGGCGUGAUCCCUGACGUCUAUGAGAAAGAGGUCCGUUUGAUGAUGCCGAUGUGAACAGCACUUGACCCUGACCAUCGGCUGACGAUCCUACACCAACACUGAACUCGAACGUUGAACUUUUGUUGGUAAACAAAACGAGAUGAUGCCUUUUAGAAGGGCCAGCAAAAAGGGAGCGUUGUUGGGAGUUUUUAGCUUAGUAAGCUUUAUCUUUAAAGAAUA